ACAGCAGCCGGAAGAGGAGAAGAAGAAGAAGGAGCUCCAGCUCCAGCAGCGGGAAGCUUCAACGCUCUAGCUGAGCGGCUCCUGUGUGCAGGUUGUAGUUAAUGGCCGGUUCUGAAGGGAAAGAUGGCGAAAGCGAGCAGCAGAACAGUAAACUCGCUCCAGGGGAAGAUGGAGGAAUGUGUUCGGCGUGAAAGCGACGAGUCCGGGGAGGAGGUUUCCGAAGUAAACAGUGAUGAAUGCGAUAUUGACUCCGAGGCAGAGGCCAUGUUUCUGGAGGAAGACAUUAUUCUCGACGGUCAAUCAUCCGAUGUGGACUCGGACGUGGAGCGGAAGCCGGAUACUUCUUCACCACUCAACAAGCGUCCACGUAGAGCGGAGCAGCGGGACCGCACGUCGUCGGGAGACAAGUCCCGUCCCCGGACUCCUCCGAGAGGUUCCGCCGGCAGGAGAAGAACGAGGAGUAAAGGGAAAGCGAGAGAGAAAAGGAAAGGCGGCGGCACGUCCGGGGAGAGAUGGAACGACGUCGACGUUCCGGACGUCACGCCGCAGCAGCCCACCUUCAGACCCGCCAAUUCACCAGGACCCCAGCUCAUACGUACAGCCAUGUACACCGCCAUGGAGCUUUUCCAGCUCUUCUUUAGCACCUCUGUUUUACACAGAAUCAUUCAGAACACGAACGACUUCGGCUCGAGUCGCGGCUCGACCCUCGCCAGCCCGUGGACGGAUCUGACGCUGGAGGAAAUGUUUUCCUUCAUGUCCGUGCUCAUCUACAUGGGUAUAGUAAAAUGCUCCUCCUUUACCGAUUACUGGCGAGGGGGUAAACUCUACAGCUUGCCGUUCCCAAAGCAGGUAAUGACCGGGAAGAGGUUCCUCACAAUCUGCCAGACCUUCCAUCUCAGUAGCGUUGCAGACGACGCUGCCAACGAGGAAAAGAGAGGCACGGCAGCCUUCGAUCGUCUCUGCAAGAUAAAGCCGCUCUACCAGGAGAUCAGGGACGCCUGCAAAACGAACUAUCACCCGGGACAGGACAUCUCCAUCGACGAGAGGAUGGUCGCCUCUAAAGCCCGCAUCGGGAUCAAACAGUACAUGAAGAACAAGCCCGUUCGCUGGGGAUAUAAACUCUUCGUUCUGGCGGACUCCAGGAACGGUUACACCUGGGAUUUUUUUAUCUACGAGGGAAAGCCCAAGGCAGACAGUGGCAAGGGGUUCGCUUAUGACGUGGUCAUGGAGCUGAUCGACACGCGCUCGCUGGGCAGCGGAUACAAGCUCUUCGUCGACGCUUUCUACACGAGUCCUACGCUUUUCCGCGACCUCCUUCGGAAGAAGAUCUGGUCGUGCGGAACCGUCCGGGCGACCAGUUCCGGAUUCCCGAAAGGGAAAGACAACGGUCUGGACUCGAAAUCUCCCCGUGGCGCCAUACGCUGGAUCAGGAAGGACUCCCUUCUCUUUCUCCAGUGGAGAGACGCGAGGGACGUCUCCCUGUGUUCGACACUGCACGCGGCGCACGGGAAGGACACGGUGCAAAGGAGGGCCAAAGGUCCAGACGGGCGCUGGGCGGUGAAGGACAUCCCGAUUCCUCCAGUGGUGAAGGAGUACAACCAGUGCACGGGUGGAGUGGACCUCUCGGACGCCCUGAUGGGGUACUAUAGAAUCCUCCACAAGACCCAGAAGUGGUACAAGACGUUCUUUUAUCAUUUCAUGGACAUCGCGAUCGUGAACGCCUUCAUCCUCCACAAAGAACUGGCGAAAGGUAAAGGAGAGGUACCGAUGCACCAGAAGGCGUUCAGAGAGACCCUUGCUGAGGAGCUGGCGGAGUUCGGGUGUCGCCCUACAGGCAGACCCGUGUGUCCCGUUCCAUCCAGAGCGCAUCACAGGCCGGUGCACAUCAGUGGAGACAGCACCGCUGGCCGGCUGAAGUGCAGACACUGCCACGCAAAGACGCCGGUCAAGUGCUCGUCCUGCGAGGUGCCGUUGUGCUUCGUCCCCAGUCGUGACUGCUACAACGACUGGCACGCUGCCAAAAACCUAUAAAACUGGAAGUAAAUAUGCUGCGAAAGAAAAACGUAUGUAAAUAGCUAAAUAAACCGCUUUACUUUUCCAUAA